AUGGGCUUUUCUAGUGUUCCAGUGGAAGAGAUCGAUAUCCCCUUGGACGAUAUUCAAGCAAAACAACCAGACAUUGCCCGAUUUUCUGCCAGUGCUCUUAUUUUCUGCUAUUCCCCGCAACUGCGUACCUUUUGCCUUCUUCUUUGUCUACGGGCUCCAGUAGGCAAGGAUGAUAACGGCAACGACAAAUAG